AUGAAAACACGAAAUGACGACCGAUGGCAGCAAGCCGACGUGAGCUUAAAAACUAAUUGCAAUUUCAUUGUACAAGCGAUAAUAGCUUUGAAGAAGAAAACUUUGAAAAUUGUUAACAAUGAUACAUUAAUUCCAGUAAUUGCAUUCUUUGCUUACUUUCGCCAAAAAAAAACAAAUAAACAAAAAAUGAAUUACUUCAGGUUCGGUUCAACAAAUGCGAAAUAA